AUGAAGAUAGCCAGGAGGGUGACAUCUAUGAAGAUAGCCAGUACUACGAAAACUGUGAAGAUGAUCAGGAGGAUGAGCUUGAAUGGGGUGAAGAAGAAUGGGCAAGAUUAUUGUGCACAGAUGAGUCUUGAUUCUCAAUAUUCACUAAUGAUGGAAGGCGGAGUGUACAGGGUACCUGGGGAGAGAUACAUCAAAUCCUGCUUUGCA